AUGGAUCAAAUCUCCGGCAUCAUUAUUAGUGUCGGUGUUGGACGGGAGAUGGGUUGUUUAUUAAGUGAGCUAGACAUGGUGGUGAAGCAAACAUAUAUUGCUUAUAUUCGCGAAAAUCCAUUCCUAAUGGUUAAUGCUUAUACUUAUAAUUAG